GGCACAGAGUGCGACGGGUUCGAUUACGGAAUGGUUCGUGUCAAGUUCCAACCGACACGUCACGGCUUAUCCGUGAUACAGUGCCGGUGAGGAGCGGGGUGGAGAGGUGGGAAGAUGAGCGUGUGGAAGUGCGAGCAAGUGAUCGGAGGUAAAAAAUUUCGAGUAUCGUAUGCGAGGAGAAAUCAAAGUCGCUGCAUUUGUCGCCGGACACCGUGUAUAUGAGCGCUCGAAACAGACACACUCGCGCGCCUACACGAUCAUCAACACAUUCGAGGAGUGUCUUUGAGUUUGAUGUCGGUGACCAUAUGAUACUCGCGGUCGGCAGUGAACGGCGCUGGCUUCGUUCGUUCGCUCGCUCGCUUUCGCUGCCGCGAGCCGUGCUAAAUUUACAUCCUCGCCGCCGUUCCGCCCGCUUCGCCAGAUUUGUCUUGCAUCGCGCGUUGCAUACCGCCGCGCUAUCGCGAAGAGAAUCUCCCGUGUGUGCAACGUGAUAAGACGGCGAUCGCCGUCGGUCGCCUGGACGAUCGGGGCUCCGUUUCCAAUGGACGGCGCAGAAGCGAAGGGUGAGCGGACUUCAUCAGCCGGACGAGCGCAGCGUGCUUUACUUGGCGUUAUCGCUAAUUGUAAGACGUACCGGAGACAGUUCGCGGGAUGGCAAGCAGGCCGCCAGCGGAGAGUCCACGCGUGAUCCGCUCGGAGAUUUGAAGCUCGAUCUUCGCCCCUCGUCACGUGAGCGCGCGCGCGGAUUUGAACGCAGCCGUCGCGAGUGAGGCUAAUGGUAUUCCGGGUAACAACUCCGGGUACUUUUCCGCUAAAAGCGCCAGUCCGCCGAAUGUCCCGUUUUCGCGUCUGCACGUCGCACUUGUCCGAGCAGCGUUAAUCAUCGCGUGACGAUGUGCCGCCAGUGUCUCGCCUUGUUUCGCAAUUAGCAAAUUCAAUUCGGGAUGUUGGUCGCGAGGCGGAGCGCCGUCGGCGUCGCGCGCUCCCGGCAGCGCGUGUGCGCGUUGCUUCGCGCGAACGCGUGCUGGCGCCGCAGGUGGCCCCUUUUAAUCGCCUUCGUUUCGUGUGUUAUUCUCGCGGCUACGCUCGUCAGAGUCUCGACCGUGAGCGAGACGAGCGCGACGAGCCGUGACACGUACCUGGACGACGUGCCCGGAGAUCUCUACCGAGAAGUAUUGCGCAAGUGGUACAACCUCUCCGACGGUAAAAGAUGGUUCAACGAGCGGAACGUGUCCACCCUGGGCCCGCGACUGUUUCGUCGGCUAUUGGCGGACAUUUGGCGGGACUGGCUAACGUGGCAGCACGACUCGAACAGGUCUUACGUUCUUCAAGAAGCGGACAUCCAAGACCCGUCGAUGGGACAGUCGGCCGCGAUCCGCGACAUCUUCGAGGAUAAGCGAAAUGGGUUUUUCAUAGAGUGCGGUGCGUACGACGGCGAGACGCGCAGCAACACCUUGUACUUGGAGCGGUUCAGGGGCUGGUCCGGUCUUCUCAUAGAGGCGGACCCUAUCAAUUUCACGAAGAUGCUGCAGAAGAAUAGACGGGCUUACCUCUCGCCGACCUGCCUCAGCGUCGCGAAGGAGAGCCCCACGCUGGCGUCCUUUCUCAUGGCGAGGAACCUGGGGCGUCUGCAUGUGGCCGACAACACCACGGGGGAUAUAUCGUCCAACACGGCCGACGUGGCGUACACGGGCCAGCACAUUCACGUGCAGUGCUUCCCACUGACACUCUACAUCGCCGCCUUGGGAAUCAAGACGGUCGAUUACUUGAGCCUCGACGUCGAGGGCAACGAGAUCGAGAUACUGGAGACAAUUCCGUUUAACGAGGUGGAUAUAAAGGCUCUCUCCGUGGAGUACAUACACGAUGCGAAGGGUCCAAAGUACAUGAUCGCUGCGAUGGAAAAGCAGGGCUAUUACGUUCACAGCUUUGUGAGGCAAGAGGACAACUUGGCCAACGAUAUUAUUUUCGUGAAACGCGACACGUAACGAGCGCACGGACAUGGAUGUGGUCGGUGACGUUCGUCGGGGACUUCCGUUUUCCUUGAACGAGACGAACACCGAGUGUAGUCGUGAGUGUAGUCGUGAGUGCACGCGCUAGUGCACAGUGCGUUCGUGCUUGGCGUUUAGAAUCCUUCACGGGCAACGAGACGCGUAGGUCUCGUUUCGGUUUUACCCGAGGAAAACAAACUUACCAGACUCGGCCGGAAUAUUUAACCAUCUCUCGAAAGAAUGACUCGACUUGUUUUCUUCCAUCGCUUGUGUCUCGUUGAAUCCUCGUCGAGAGGAGAGAGCAGACUCCGACUCGCCUGCCGACGAAUCACGCAAUUUGCGAAAUUAAAAUUGCAAAAGUUUAGCCACGGUUGUAGCCGCACAGUCGGAUGUUAAUGAAAACAUUUUAUUUUA